AUUGAUCCGAGUCAGUGAGUCGGUCUUCGGUUAGUUUUCCGAUUUUCCUCCCUUGCGUUUCUAUUUCCCUAAUUUGUCCCAGGAAAAUGUUCGAGAAACGAAGAUUCGCGCCAGUUCUUCUCUGAGGAAGAACCACCAUCGCGAUAUCCUCAUGACUUCAGAUUUUGCUUUGAAAAUUCCAGCGGAGCUUGAAGCAGCUUCGCGGCUGAGGACUGCACAGUUCUUUGUAACACAAAGGCCAUGGCUUGAUCUUUAUGGAGUUCAUGUAAGACCAGUCCCUCCUUUUGGGAGUGCAAGCAGUAAACCAUUUGUUGAUCCAGCACUUAUACAUCGAUCCUUGCCGGAUGAGCUACUUUCGGAGAUAUUUGCAAAAAUGACUCCAUAUAACUUGGGGAGGGCAGCUUGUGUAUGUCGAAAAUGGAGAUAUACGAUCCGUAACCCUGUGUAUUGGCGCAUUGCAUGCUUGAAGGCUUGGCAGAUCUCUGGAGUGGUGGAAAAUUACAAGAUUUUACAGUCAAAAUAUGAUGGUUCAUGGAGGAAAAUGUGGCUUUUAAGACCAAGGGUCCGUACUGAUGGGCUUUACGUCAGCAGAAACACCUACAUUCGUGCUGGAGUUGCUGAAUGGAAAAUUACCAAUCCAGUCCAUGUGGUUUGUUAUUUUCGUUAUUUGAGAUUUUAUCCUUCUGGGAGGUUUCUUUAUAAGAAUUCGUCACAAAAAGUGAAGGACGUUGCAAGGUGCAUGAACUUCCGUGCAUCUAAAAUUGACUGUGUUCAUUCUGGCAAUUACACAUUGUCUGAUGACAAGGUUGAAGCUGCCUUCUUGUACCCAGGCUUGCGUCCCACUGCAUGGAGGAUCCGUUUAAGCUCAUUUGCUUCUGUAAACAGGUUGAGGGGAACAAUAGCAGGGGCUAACAAUCGGAUGGAUUUGGUUUCGCUUGUUACAAGUGGUGUGAAUGAUGGUGAGGUUUCGAGCCAUGAUGAAGACAUUCUUGGAGUUGUUGAAGGCUGGGAGGAGGACGAAACACACAACCCAGAUGUGCCGGCUGUUUCUCACAGGAGGGGUCUAACACCUUUCGUUUUUGUUCCAUUUGAAGAGGCGGAAACAUCAGUUCUGAACCUACCAGUGGAAAGGAUGGAUUAUUUUGUACCUGGCUGAUAACUGCAACCAACCAAAGAUCACCAAUCUGUAAAUACCUAUAUAUAUAGAUUCCCUUCACUACAAUUUUAUAUUAUUGUUGUACAAUGUGUUAUUCAGCCGAUUGGCUUCUUGCCAGUGAACGCAAUGUGUGUUCAGCAUGGGUUUUUGUUCUGGUGUUCACCUUGUAAAAUAGAUCAUGGAUCAGAUGGUCUCCGUUGUGAAGUAUGAAUUGCAUUUUUGGUCUGUGCUACCUUUUCGUCUAUGAAUAAAUAUAGCUUGCCUAGAAUGUUUGUUAA